UGUGUGAACAGUUCUGCAGAGUCUUCAGGAAUGUUGACUGUUUGCCAGACCAGAAAAAUGUACUUUUGACUGUAAGACUGUUAAAUUCCUGGAUCAUCUAUCUUCCCUGAAGGACUUCAAAUGGAUCUUUACAAGCUAACUACAGUGAUAGACUAAGAAUGACCUACCAAGGAAAUGUUAAUGAAAACUAGUGCUGAGACUGCUGAAGUUUUAGUUGAAAACAACAGAAUUCUGAUUCACCAUCUGCUCUGGUAAUGGAACAGAUACCUUUUAUGACCACCAUCUAGAGAUGGGCAUAGGGCUGAAUCGUAACCACAGGUGCUGCGACAAAGAACACUUUAAAGAUGCAUAAAAGUCUGUUUAAGGUGAAGGGAAAGAACUGGAGAAAAUAAUGAGAACAGAAAAGAACAAAUGAAAAGGCCAGCACAGUACUCGAUACCUAAUACACAUAGUAAGAGUUUCCUGAGAUGGGAGUACCGUUGCAAUCAAUGAGACUGGGAGAUCCAUCAAAGCCACCUGAGGUCCCACCAACAACUGGGAUCCUGGAGCCGUUGGCAGUAGCAGCUGUGUCUGGUUUAAUGGGGAAUAUGUGCACUUUUCAUCCAAUUGAGAAUCAGCUCUUGGAAAAUAAUCCUUUGAACCUCAUGGAUUAGCUGGAAUUUGGACUGUGAAGCCCUUGCUACGAAGAGCUUUCAAGCUUUGAUCACCUGAACUGACUCUAGCAAUGGCCAGCAAACGGAAAUCCACCACCCCUUGCAUGAUACCAGUAAAAACUGUGGUGUUACAGGAAACAGAAGCAGACCCUGUUGAAGGUUUUAAUGAAGGAACUCAGCAAGAGUUACCUCCUGAAACGCCUAGUGUUAAUGAUGCUGUUAACAACAACAACAAUAAUAAUGGAACACUAUCUAAUGGGCAUCGAAGUACUUUUGAUGGUGAUUCUUACGUAUGUAAAUAUUGUGAUUUUGGGUCUCAAGACAUGAAUCAAUUUAUGGGGCACAUGAACUCAGAACACACAGACUUCAAUAAAGACCCCACUUUUGUAUGUAUUGAAUGCAGUUUUAUGGCAAAAACCUCUGAAGGGCUUUCACUCCACAAUGCCAAAUGUCAUACUGGUGAGAUGAGCUUCAUUUGGAACGUGGCCAAACAGGACAAUCGUAUAAUUGUAGAGCAGAUCAUCUCUGAUAGCACCAGCAGUCACGACCUUUCAGGGGAAUCCUAUGAAGAAGGGAUAGAUGGACAAGCUGAAAUUAUCAUAACUAAAACUCCAAUUAUGAAGAUAAUGAAAGGGAAAGCUGAAGCCAAAAAAAUUCACACACUGAAGGAGAACUUGCCGAAUCCAACCAUUGGGGAGAAUUUACUAAGUCAGCCAACAGGGGAGAACUUAGUCAGUCAGUCAGUCAGUGAAACUGAGGUAAAAGAGAGUGACCAUUCUUUCACCAAUGGCUCUGUUCCAGUCAGCCAGGCAACCACCAACCCUGUGAAAACUUCACACGUUGCCAAUGGCCCACUAAUCGGAACUGUGCCUGUUUUACCUGCUGGUAUAGCUCAGUUUCUGUCUAUUCAACAGCAACCCCAAGUGCAUGCACAACACCAUCACCACCAGCCAUUGCCCACAUCCAAGUCACUUCCUAAAGUGAUGAUUCCCUUGAGCAGCAUUCCAACAUACAAUGCAGCCAUGGACUCAAAUAGCUUCCUGAAAAACUCUUUCCAUAAGUUCCCCUACCCAACCAAAGCUGAGCUUUGCUACUUGACUGUUGUGACCAAGUACCCUGAAGAACAACUAAAAAUUUGGUUUACUGCCCAAAGAUUGAAGCAAGGUAUCAGUUGGUCCCCCGAGGAGAUAGAAGAUGCACGGAAAAAGAUGUUUAACACAGUCAUCCAGUCAGUACCUCAGCCUACAAUCACAGUUUUAAAUACCCCUUUGGUUGCCAAUGCUGGCAAUGUCCAACAUCUCAUUCAGGCUGCCUUACCCGGGCAUGUUGUUACAGGUCAACCAGAAGGUACAGGUGGAUUGCUGGUCACUCAGCCAAUAAUGGCCAAUGGGCUACAGGGGACAAGUUCCUCUCUCACCUUAGCAGUUACCUCUGUUCCCAAGCAGCCAGCUGUUGCACCACAUAACACUGUUUGCUCAAAUACUGCAUCCGCUGUAAAGGUGGUAAAUGCUGCUCAGUCUCUGCUCACUGCAUGCCCAACUAUAACUUCCCAAGCUUUCCUAGAUUCUAGCAUCUACAAAAACAAAAAAUCUCAUGAACAGCUAUCAGCUCUGAAAGGUAGCUUUUGUAGGAAUCAGUUCCCUGGACAAGGUGAAGUAGAGCACUUGACCAAAAUUACAGGCCUCACCACAAGGGAGGUUCGAAAAUGGUUCAGUGAUCGAAGAUACCAUUGCAGAAAUUUGAAAGGUACUCGAAGCAUGUUACCUGGAGAUAAUAGCUCUCUGAUUAUGGACUCAGCACCUGAUGUUACCUUCACUCUGUCACCCAAAGCACCUGACCUAGCCUGCGUGACGACAGCAACAACACCAGGGGUUCAUCACUCAGCCAAACGGCAGUCCUGGCAUCAGACACCAGAUUUCACCCCAACAAAAUAUAAGGAGAGAGCGCCAGAACAGAUCAGGGCCUUGGAGAGUAGUUUCGCCCAAAAUCCUCUGCCCCUUGAAGAAGAAGUAGACCGACUGAGAAGUGAAACCAAAAUGACCAGAAGAGAAAUCGAUAGCUGGUUUUCAGAGCGACGGAAAAAAAAGUCUGCUGAAGAGAACAAAAAAUCUGAAGAGGCAGCUUCUCAAGAGGAGGAAGAAGUUGAAGAAGACUGUGGUGAAGAGGAUCCUGCUGAGGAGUGGAGGGUUUCCAGCGAGAAUGGCUCCUCUGAGGCUCCGGGUGGUGACCGGCCUCGAGUGGAGCGCAAAGUCAGCCCCAUCAAAAUCAAUCUCAAGAAUCUGCGUGUGACAGAGGCAAAUGGCCGAAAUGAAUCGCUAGGACUAAGUGCCAAUGACCAUGAGGAUGAGCAGGGUUUGAGCAAAUCCCUGGAACAACCCAAGAACAAAGUCAAUUAUAAAAAGACUGCUCAGCAAAGGCACUUGCUCAGGCAGCUUUUUGUCCAAACCCAGUGGCCGACCAAUCAGGAAUAUGAUGGUCUCGUCUCUCAGUCCGGCCUGCCCAGGGCCGAAGUUGUGCGCUGGUUUGGAGACAGCAGAUAUGCACUUAAAAAUGGACAGUUGAAGUGGUAUGAGGACUAUAAACAUGGUAAUUUCCCCCCUGGCCUAUUGGUCAUCAGUCCAAGCAAUAGAGAGCUUCUCCAGGACUAUUACAAAACACACAAAACGCUGUAUGAAGAUGAUCUUCAGAGCCUAUGCGACAAAACUCAGAUGAGCUCACAACAGGUUAAACUGUGGUUUGCUGAAAAAAUGGGUGAGGAAACCCGAGCUGUAUCUGACACUUGCAGUGAGGACCAGUAUUCCAGCACUGGAGAACAAGCAGGAAAUCCCAAAGGGACUGGUGACACCUAUUCCGAGGUGUCUGAGAACAGUGAGUCUUGGGAGCCCAGUGGCCAGGAGAUCAGUUCAGAACCUUUUGACACACUGAGCCCUCAGGCUGGAAUCCAGCUAGAAGCAGAUUGAAUCUAAACUGACUCCUGCGAAGGAUCUGCCAAAUGUGGGAAGAUGUCAAAUGGAAUGGGCCGGAUCUGAACCUCUGCUGCAGGGGCCAGUUAGAGUGCCUGCUGCUGUGAGACUUUUAGCCAAGCACACUGGGGAGGGGCUGUUGGGGAACUCACUGGUCAGCCCAGAGCUCUUCACAGCCAAUUUUAGGAUGACAUGCUGAGCUGGGGAGAGCAAGGUUCAUGCCAGAUUCUUCCUCCCGCAAUAUAGGACCUUUUCUUUGCCUUCCAGUGGAUAAAAUACUUCAGAUUUCUUAUUCAUGUACAACAGAACCAACUUUUUAACAUAUACAUCUGCCUAUACACAUUUAAUAAAACAUCAGAUUAUAAACAUGUUCAUUACAUAGAAA